GGGGAAACCUUGACUUUCGGCUCUGGUCGAGGCCUUUCUCUUUCUACAUUUUCCCUUUCUCUUCUCUCCCAUAAAAAGUCCCAGCUUCAUCAUUGACCUCGAAAAUGUUCCGCCAUGUAACGCUGGCAGCAAGCGCUGCCCAGAGGGGUUUCGCCACUGCCGCCCCCGUGAGUCCCGUGGCGCGCAGUCACAAGGUCGUCGUGGUCGGCGGUGGUACGGCCGGCCUCGCUAUCAGCCAUCAACUGCUCCGCUCCGGCAAAUUCUCGCAGGAUGACAUCGCCGUGAUCGACCCCUCCAUGUGGCAUCACUACCAACCUGGCUGGACCCUGGUCGGCGGUGGCCUCAAAACCAAGGAAGAUCUGCGCCGCCCGCUGCACGGCUUGAUUGACCCGAAGCUCAAAUUCUACAACCAGAGCGUCGGCACGUUCGCCCCUGAGAACAACUCGGUCACCCUGGGCAAUGGCGACCAGGUCAGCUAUGAGCAGCUCGUGGUCGCCCCCGGCAUCAACAUCAACUACGGGAGCGUGAAAGGACUACCCGAGGCACUCGCCAAUCCGGACUCGCUUGUCUCAUCGAUCUAUGGCUAUGAUACCUGCGACAAGGUCUUCUCCACCAUUGAGAAAUUGAAGACCGGCAACGCCAUCUUCACCCAACCCGCGGGGGUGAUCAAGUGUGCCGGCGCCCCCCAGAAGAUCCUGUGGCUGGCCCUGGAUUACUGGAAGCGGGCUGGUCUGUACGACCCCAGCAACCCCUCCAGCUCUGCCAUUAAGAUCGCUUUCGCCACGGGUCUUCCCUCCAUGUUCGCCGUGCCCAAGUACAGUGCUGCCCUCGAAGGUCUGCGUCAGGAGAGGGGCGUAGAAGGUCUCUUCCAGCACGACCUUGUGUCCAUUGAGGGCAACAAGGCCACCUUUGCCCGGCCGGACGGACAGGAGCAGGUGACCAGGCAGUUCGAUCUGCUGCAUGUUGUGCCCAAGAUGGGUCCCCAUGCCUUCGUGAAGAACAGCGCUCUGGCCAAUGAGGCUGGCUAUGUGGAUGUGGACGCUGGCACCACCCGCCACACCAAGUAUGCCAAUGUGUGGUCCGCGGGUGAUGCCUCCAGCCUUCCCACAUCCAAGACGGCGGCGGCAAUUACCUCGGAGGCCCCCGUCCUCGUCCACAACCUGUUGCGCUUCAUGGAGGGCAAGACUCCCGAUGCGGUUUACGACGGUUACGCCUCAUGCCCUCUGGUGACCGAGUACGGCAAGGUUCUUCUCGCUGAGUUCAAGUACGGGGGAGAGCCCAAGGAGACCUUUGGAAAUUGGUUCGGCAUCGACCAGAGCGUUCCCCGUCGCUCGUUCUACCAUCUGAAGAAGGAUUUUUUCCCCUGGGUUUACUACCAAUCCCUGGUUAAAGGUACUUGGGCCGGACCUAAGGGCUGGACGAACUAGGAUGAGGCUGUGACAUUACAUGUACAAUACCACUUACGGCGCAAGCGAUUGUUCACUUGAUAUCAUUUAAGUUCUGCUGUUGCAGGAUCCAGCUGGCGUUCGAUCAGUUUCUAUUUUUUUUCGUUCUUGCUCCUGCGGUUCACCUCCAGAUCGGCCAGGCGGG